AUGUUUGAGAGUUGCCUGUUAGCGUCAAGAAAGAGCAAUCGAAGGUCAAUAUUAUCGGUGACGCUGGUAAUCACCAUUUGUUCCCUGUUGUUAAUAGGAGGAGUUUUCGGGGAAGGGCAAUCGUUGUCUACAGAAAAAGAAGUGAUCAAGGCUCGUUUUGAUUUAGAGAAUUCACCUUCAAAAAGAGAAAACAAUGAAGAUUCUGAUCCGAACGUCUCGAUUAAAUAUCAAACUACAACAGUGACUGUACGCGAGACCCAUACAGAAACUGUUUCAGUAUCAAAUAAUAAUAACAACUACGACAAUCAUCCUGUUUCUUCCGACCACAAUAAGUCUACUAAUGGUAAUCCAUCAUUGGAUACGGCUUCUUCAGAAACGAAUCUCCUUGACCCAAUUAAACUUGUAAUUUCGUUACUCUACAAAAUUGUUAUUGGUCUCUUCACACUCCUUCAUUGGAUUCUGACUCCGGUGAUAAUACUACUUAAUUUAUUGUACACGAUCUUUAUCUGGAAACCUUUUACCAUUAUUAGAUAUAUAAUUUCUCUAUUCUAUCCCAUCUACUUAUUUUGUUUCUUUGCGGCUGCAUUUGGAUUCUUUAUUGGAGGAACUGCCGGGUGUUUUUCUGAAAUAAUUGUAGGAGUUUUGACUGAUUCCUCGUCGGAAAGGUCAUCGAAAACAGCGUCAGUUCGCAACGGUAUGACCAGACAAGAACAGUCACAAUUAACUGGAGAAGGUGAAUAUAGAUACGGGAGAGGAGUAAACGAUCAAUACAUGUCAUACUUCGAACAAGAACAAUUGAGACGACAAGUCAAAGCUAAAAGGAGGGCUGCAGCAUUAGCGAAUUUAAGAGCGAGAAAUGGCGGAAAACUUCCAGAAGAUCUUUAUGAACGUCUUGCUGCCGCAAGUUCAUCUCAAUUGCAUUUACGCGCGUUACAACAGCGAAUAGAGGAGGAGAGACAAUUGAGACAAUCGAGACCAGCGAGUGUUAUUAGUAAUUAUAGUGAUGCUAGUGGACGUAAUACUCCGUCUAGAUUCACUCCAAUGCAACAACGUGCCUACGCGAGUUCGGUGGAUGGAAUGAGAGAUUUGGAUAGUUAG